AUGGAUGUCCCCGAGCCCGAACAGUCGCCUUUUACGGCCGUGUCUGUCCACACGUCCAAGAUCACCCGGCAAUACCAAGCCUACCUUGAUGCCUCAACCCCGUACACAACCUACCGGUGGGUGGGAUCCGGCGCGCUCUUGUUCCUGUUCUUCCUGCGCAUCAUCUUCGCGCAGGGCUGGUAUAUCGUUGCCUACACACUCGGCAUUUACUUGCUGAACCUGUUCCUUGCGUUCUUGACUCCCAAAUUCGACCCCUCUCUCACGCAGGAUGAGGGUCUGGAAGACGGUGAUGCGGGGUCCCCCAGCCUCCCCACCAAGAAGGACGAGGAAUUCCGACCCUUCAUCCGUCGUCUCCCAGAGUUCAAGUUCUGGCACUCCGCCACCCGCGCCAUUGCUAUCGGAUUCGUCUGCUCUUGGCUCUCUGUCUUUGAUAUUCCCGUUUUCUGGCCCGUCCUGGUGGUCUACUGGAUCAUCUUGUUUGUGUUGACGAUGCGACGACAAAUCCAGCACAUGAUCAAGUACCGUUACGUACCCUUCUCGUUCGGAAAGACGAGAUACGGCCGGUCAUAG